GGGAGCAUGCCAAGUCGAUUCUUUUAUUUGCGUUUGCCCUGACAGUUAAAUUUAUUUGGAGAGCAAAGCUCGGAGCUGUUCGACCGGUGGGUUGAUACCCGUGGGGCCACACCCGUUUUGUUUAUUCCGUAGAUCGGCAGGCCAUUUUCGGUGCACCCCGUAAAAGCGGAUAAGCUGUGUUUAUUUCGUAAAACCCGAACAAUAAUUGAACAUGCAGAAGCCACAUCAUGGUUUUUGGUGGAUGGUGCUCCUCCUUGGAUCGCUCAUCGCCACGGUUAUAUUGGCUUUCAGCUACUGGAUGAAUUUGCCACGGGAGGUGCACUUUUGGUCAAUAAUAUCGAGGAAUUACACCGAUUCAGAUAUUAAGUUUUCAAUUCCACCGGUUUCAGUGCCCGAGGAACUCAAGCUGAGGCAACGUCCCCCGUUCAUCUACCAGAUACUACAUUAA